AUGGAAGACUUUAAGAUUCAAAAGGAGUCAAAAUUGUUCUUGACUUCAAAGAAAAAGGAACAAACUGAUGAGAUUACAGAAUAUCAUGUUUUUAAUGGAAACCAAUUGAAUAAUGUUGGCAUCUUGGGAAAUUGUGACAUUCAAAAACAACAAGAAUCAGAAUUGCACAUAUUUCCAAAGAAAAAGGAUCAUCAUAUUUUUGUGAGAACAAAAACUGGAAAAAUCAUUGAUCUGUCAGUAGAAACAAGUAAUACCAUUGAUGCUACAAAAAAAAUGAUAUAUGGUAAAACCAAUUUCCCCCCUGAUCAACAACAUCUUAUUUUUGCUGGCAAGCUAUUAGAAGAUGGAUGUACAUUGAGUGAUUACAAUAUUCAAAAUGAGUCCACAGUGGAUCUUGUACUUAGAGUAAUGCAAAUUUUUGUGAAAACAAUUACUGGAGGAACUAUUACUCUGGAGGUAGAUCAAAGUGAUACCAUUGAUAAUAUAAAACAAAAGAUAAAAGAUAGAGAAGGCAUUCCUCCUGAUCACCAAUGUAUGAUUUUUGCUGGCAAGCAAAUGUUAAAUGGACGUAUCUUGAGUGAUUACAAUGUUCAAAAGGAGUCCACAUUGCAUCUUGUACUUAAAUUACGUGGAGGAAUGUUUCAAGAAACCAGUGGACGUCUAGAAUUCAGUGCAUUGCCACCACUUACACAAUAUCUGCAGAUGCAAGUUCCUGAAAUACAUAUGCAAGGCAAAUCUCAUGUUGGUAUUGCUUGUAAUUAUUGUGGUAAAAAAGAAUGGAAAGGUGCAAGGUUUAACUGUUCAACAUGUUUUGAUUAUGACUUGUGUUUUGAGUGUAUCAAAAUGGCCAACUUGCUUCAUGAUAAACAACAUAAUUUUGUGGAAUACUUGGAUCCAGUAAAUGAAAAAGUUACUACAAAAAAAGAUAUCACAACUAAUCCUGUUACUGUAUUACCAAUACUUCCAACAACAAAAGAAGAGAUGUUGAAUUUAUUACAUGAGGAAGAAAAGCGAAGGCUGUCACCAGAAAUGCAACAACAAUAUUACAAAGUUGGAAGCGAUCCCACAUCUGGCAAGGACUGGAUGGAUGACGGAAAAGCUGUUAGGUCACAAGGAAGCAAUAAUAUUGGCCGAACUUUCUGA